CGGCUGAGUCAAAAUCGUUCAUUGUCUCUUGUCUUUUGCACAUUCCAUCUCUCUCGCUCUCUCGCUCGCUCUCUCGGCUGCUGAACAAAAUGCAGAGCAGUGCAUUAGCUCUCUCUUCGUCGACGCCUUUUCUCAAAACCAGAAAGCCUCCGAUUCCGAAUCAUAACACCAGAUUAACUUCGAUAUCGUUCUCUUCUUCUUCUUCUCCAAAAUCACUCGAUCUUACCUCUGCCCAUGGCGUCUCUGGUUCCUCGAUCCACAGAUCUUCGCCGCUAUGUUCUUCGUCGCAUUUCGGCAGCUGGUUGUCUUCUCCAUCUCCCAUUUGUGAUGGACUUUCGAAGGAUUUUAGCGUCAAUGCAACCUCGGUUCCUGAGAGCGCAGGUGAGAGCGCCAAAUCUGUCAGUUUGAUCCAGACUUUGCAGCUCGGAUCUUUGUUUGGCCUAUGGUAUCUUUUCAACAUCUACUUCAACAUCUACAAUAAGCAGGUUCUGAAGGUUUAUCCCUUCCCAGUAACUGUCACAACAUUCCAAUUUUCUGUAGGGACUGUUUUUGUCUUUUUUAUGUGGACAUUCAAUCUCUACAGAAGGCCCAAGAUUAGUGGUGCACAGCUUUUAGCAAUCCUACCACUGGCUAUGGUGCACACAUUAGGAAACCUUUUCACCAAUAUGAGUCUUGGGAAAGUUGCUGUUUCAUUUACGCAUACAAUCAAAGCUAUGGAGCCCUUUUUCUCUGUUGUUCUAUCAGCCUUGUUUCUUGGAGAGAUGCCCACUCUAUGGGUGUUAUCUUCUCUUAUACCAAUUGUUGGUGGAGUAGCAUUGGCAUCACUAACUGAGGCCUCUUUUAACUGGGCUGGAUUUUGGAGUGCAAUGGCUUCCAACGUGACUAACCAGUCUCGUAAUGUCCUCAGUAAAAAGUUUAUGGUUAAGAAAGAGGAAUCUCUGGACAAUAUCACUCUUUUCUCAAUAAUAACGAUCAUGUCACUUAUCCUGUUAGCUCCUGUGGCUCUUCUCAUGGAAGGUGUCAAGUUUACUCCAUCAUACCUGCAGUCAGCUGGCUUGAAUGUUAGAGAGGUAUGCAUAAGAUCUCUACUGGCUGGGCUCUGUUUCCAUGCUUAUCAGCAGGUAUCUUACAUGAUAUUACAAAGGGUAUCUCCUGUUACCCACUCUGUGGGCAAUUGUGUGAAGCGGGUGGUGGUCAUUGUGACCUCGGUUCUCUUCUUCGGAACACCUGUCUCUCCCAUCAAUUCUCUUGGUACUGGGGUGGCUCUUGCUGGAGUAUUCUUGUAUUCAAGAGUGAAGCGGAUAAAGCCGAAGUCAAAAACAGCAUGAUGCUGUUUUUCUCCUUUCUUUGUGGAGAAAAUGUGUUAACUUUGUUGGGUAUAAAUCCAUCUCAAUGUUUCUAAUUGUUAGUUUUAGCCUUUUAGGUCAGGCAGAAAUCUCAUUAUAGGGAUAAUUUUAUUUUUUUGCCGCUCCUGAGUACAAAUUUUCCAGCGGCAGAUGUGCUAAGCCUGGGAGAGUUGAAUCUUGUAUUCGUCUCCUUCAUAUUUUACUUGUUCUGUAGCUCACCUUUUGGGUGGAAUAAAUGUGUUUUCUUGGGCUUAAAAAAAGUGUGUUUUCUUGGGGACUGC